AUGCAUCGCGACCGUCCCGUGGUCCUCCCUGUUUCCACCGAACGCCUUCAAGCCCCACGCUAUCGCCGUAUUUCUGCUAUAUGUGCUCAAGCAAUUACUUCAACAGUUGCAAUUCCGACAGGCAGAACACCGCGAGCGAUGUCGGGGAAGGAGCGAUCGGAGCCUCAAUGGGUAACCCCAUCGUCCAAUCAGGUAGCACGGCAAGAUGUUCCACCGGAUUAUGAAACGAUUGGAACAAUCUUCGGAUAUGCUCUAGUUGUUCUCUCAUGGAUUCUCAUCAUUAUCACUUUUCCCUUCUCAAUGUGUGUUUGUCUCAAGGUCAUCAAAGAGUAUGAGAGAGUCGUCAUCUUCCGUAUUGGUCGUCUCGUUUUUGGAGGAGCUCGUGGACCGGGAAUGAUCUUUAUCAUUCCUUGCAUAGACACUUAUAGAAAGAUCGAUCUUCGUGUUGUUUCCUAUGCUGUCCCUCCACAAGAGAUCCUCUCAAAAGAUUCAGUGACAGUGUCCGUGGACGCUGUCGUUUAUUUCCGUACAUCUGAUCCGAUCGCUUCGGUGAACAAUGUGGAUGAUGCUAUCUAUUCCACAAAACUCCUUGCUCAAACAACUCUGAGAAACGCUUUGGGUAUGAAAACCCUCACAGAAAUGCUGACAGAACGUGAGGCGAUCGCGCAACUUUGCGAGACGAUUCUCGAUGAGGGAACCGAGCAUUGGGGAGUUAAGGUAGAAAGAGUGGAGGUGAAAGACAUCCGUCUCCCCCAACAACUCACUCGAGCUAUGGCUGCUGAAGCCGAGGCCGCUCGAGAGGCUCGUGCCAAAGUUGUCGCCGCUGAAGGAGAGCAGAAGGCCUCUCGUGCUCUUAAAGAGGCCGCUGAUGUGAUCCAAGCAAAUCCGGUUGCUCUUCAACUCCGUCAUCUUCAAGCGUUGAGCUCUAUUGCUGCCGAACACAACUCGACAAUCGUUUUCCCGGUGCCCGUCGAGAUGUUUGGAGCUUUUAUGAAAAAAGAAAAC